AGUUUACAUUGGAAAACACGGUUUGCGUGUACCGCUCGCCGGAAUCGGUCGUCUGUCGAGUGUAGCUGUAUAAAUAGGAGCCGCCAUCGGCCGCGUCGAGAGACGGUCCGACGGGGCCGGACCGGGUCACUCAGCCAUCCCAGGGACCACGACAGGGAUAGCAGACAGGGAAAGCAGCGAUGCGUUCCUUCAUCAUCCUGCUCUGCCUGGGGCUGGCAGCAGCUCAUCCCCAGCCGUACGAGGGAUCUUCCAACCCAGAAAAUCCCGACGUCGACCACAUGAUCGCCCUGCUCGGCGAAGGAGCCCUCCUGGAGGAAUCGACGGGCUCAUCUAGCACCCACUCCGAGCAGGCCUCGGUUUCUGAGGAGUCUUACUUCGUCAGCACUGGAGGAGACACCAUCAAGGAAAUCACUGUGGCAGAGGCAGCGGACUACGGACUGACUUGCAUGCCCGCAGGAGCGCUCACUCAGUCGGCUGACAUCAUCGUCCAGGAGAGUGAGGACGCUGCAGCGGCAUCGAGUGCCUCCGGAGGUGCCGCUGCUUCUUCGGCGGCGGGAAGCGCUGCGGCAUCAGCUGCCGCCAGCUCUGCUGGUGCUGCUUCCUCUGCCGCCGCGGGCGAGUCUGCUUCCUCAGCCGCUGCGGGCGAGUCUGCUUCCUCGGCUGCUGCAGCCAGCGACUCCGCCUCUUCCGCUGCUGCUGCGGGCGAGUCUGCUUCCUCGGCUGCUGCUGCGGGCGAGUCUGCUUCCUCGGCUGCUGCUGCCGGCGACUCCGCCUCUUCCGCUGCGGCUGCUGGUGAUUCCGCCUCCUCAGCUGCUGCAGCCGGCGACUCUGCGUCGUCCGCUGCUGCUGCUGGGGAUUCCGCCUCUUCGGCUGCUGCUGCCGGCGACUCCGCUUCUUCCGCUGCGGCUGCUGGCGAUUCCGCGUCUUCCGCUGCUGCUGCGGGCGACUCCGCAUCUUCCGCUGCUGCUGCCGGUGACUCGGCAUCUUCCGCUGCUGCUGCCGGCGAUUCUGCUUCUUCGGCUGCUGCUGCGGGCGAUUCUGCUUCUUCGGCUGCUGCUGCGGGCGAGUCAGCUUCUUCGGCUGCUGCUGCCGGCGACUCGGCAUCUUCCGCUGCUGCUGCCGGCGACUCCGCCUCCUCGGCUGCUGCAGCCGGCGACUCUGCGUCUUCCGCUGCUGCUGCUGGGGAUUCCGCCUCUUCGGCUGCUGCUGCUGGCGAAUCCGCAUCUUCCGCUGCUGCUGCCGGUGACUCCGCAUCUUCCGCUGCCGCUGCGGGCGACUCUGCCUCUUCCGCUGCUGCUGCUGGCGAUUCCGCCUCUUCCGCUGCUGCUGCUGGCGAUUCUGCCUCUUCGGCUGCGGCUGCGGGCGACUCCGCCUCUUCCGCUGCUGCUGCUGGCGAAUCAGCUUCUUCGGCUGCCGCUGCUGGCGAAUCAGCCUCUUCAGCUUCACAGCUUGGCUACGAAUCUGAAGAAAGCGAGGAAGAUCAAUAUUCCGAGGAAGUCGAAGAGAUCUCUGGAGGGGCCUGCGUUCCUUACUACUUGUGUAAGGAUGGCGAUAUCGUUACCGACGGGGCCGGGCUUAUCGACAUGCGAUUCGGAGGUGAUGACGAAGACUCCAAGUCGAACUCGCAGUGCCCCAACUUCUUGGACGUCUUCUGCAGGGUCCCGCUCACCGAACCGGACCCAGAUAUCCUGGGAGAGCUGACGGAGUACGAGUACCAGCCUUCCUGCGGUCACAGAAACCCGGAGGGAGUCAGCAUCAUUCUGGAUGGAUUCAAGGAGGGUGAAUCUCAGUUUGGCGAAUUCCCCUGGAUGGGUAUCCUACUAGAGGACGAACUCCUCGACUACGACCAGGUCAUCCAGCGAUACGUAUGCGGCUGCUCUCUGAUCCACCCGCAGGUCAUCAUGACGGGAGCACACUGCAUCAACGGGAAAGACCCUGCCAAGCUAACAGUCCGUCUCGGAGACUGGGACACGCAAAACGACAAGGAGAUCUUCCCGCAUGAGCAUCACCGCGUGGUGGACAUGGAGAUCCACGAACGCUUCAACAGCGCCAACCUGCGCUACGACGUCGGCCUCCUCUUCCUGGAGAAGCCGGUCGUUCUUCAGCAGCACAUCGACACCAUCUGCCUGCCCGCCGCAAACGAGAACUUUGACUUGGCCUCCUGCGUGGCUACCGGCUUCGGCAAGGACCAGUUCCACGGCGGAAGGUUCCAGAACAUCAUGAAGCAGGUUGACCUACCGAUUGUGCCCCACAGAACGUGCCAGAAUCGGCUGCGGGAGACGCGUCUGGGUCGCUGGUUCCGUCUUCACCGCACGUUCACCUGUGCUGGAGGAGAAGCAGGCGUGGACACCUGUAGAGGAGACGGCGGAUCCCCUCUGGCCUGUCCCAGCAAAGAGGAUCCCAGUAAGUACGUCCAGGUCGGCAUCGUGGCCUGGGGCAUCGGCUGCGGAGAAGAUGGAGUCCCGGGAGUGUACGCCAGCGUGCCAAAGCUGGUCGGAUGGGUGAACGAGAAGAUGGCUGAGCAUGGAAUUUAUACUGACCUGCAGGUACCACCGUCACCACCGCCGCAGCACGCUUAUGGAGCACUUCCUCCUGUUUAAGGAGCAGCGACAGUGACAUUGUCUGAUGGGGAUACGUGCUGACAAUGGUCGGAUGUAUUUUUGCAGUCGAUCUCGAAAUUCGACCGACUGACUGCAUGUACUACAAAGCUGCAUUCCGAAUGCAGAAGUGGAUGUAUUUUUGUGCUUAAAUUACAAAAUACAUUACUUCUAUAAGGCAA